GUUGGCGGAGGGACUGUCACGGUCCAUCUUUGCAAAUGUCAGCACAGCCGCCAGGGAAAGGACUUGUGGGUGAGGGUACCGGGCCACCACUUAGGCUGCCUGAAUGCAGCUCCCCCUGGCCUGAAGGUCGGGGAGACACGGGCCUUUCUGAGAGCCCUCUGAAGGUUUAGGAAAGGAGGCUGAGGGGUGUUGGAAGGUCGGCUGCCACCUUCCCUGAAGAGGCAUGGGAUGGGUGAGACCCUCAUGCCCAGAAGUUCGACGACACAGGAGUGGGGGCAUUGUUCAGUGCCCUACCGGAGCAGUGGCCUUUGGGGAAUGGAUGGCCCUGCAUUAGCUGGGAUGGGGUGGUGGGCUCUGUGGGCAUGUGUGCUUGUGCAUUCAUGUGUGUAUCAAAAGAUGUCCAGUUGGUGAGCAGCUGGUACACUGAGAAGAGCUUUCAACAGGGCUCGUGACUGCAGCUAGAAGCGCCCAUGACCGACCUGGUGUCCUCCGAGGACGGGUCCCCUGAGGGGGACGGGGAGGAAGGUCUGGGGGACGAGCGAGGCCUGGUCAUCCACCACCCAGCGGAGGAGCAGCCCUACAGCUGCCCGCUGUGCGGCCAGACCUUCUGGCAGCAGCCCAGCCUGGUGCGGCACCAGAAGGCGCACGCCGGGGCGGGGGCCGGGACCGGGCGCGCGGCUGCCUUCGUGUGCCCCGAAUGUGGCAAGGCCUUCAGCGUCAAGCACAACCUGGAGGUGCACCAGCGCACGCACACCGGCGAGCGGCCCUUCCCCUGCCCUGAAUGCGGCCGCUGCUUCAGCCUCAAGCAGAACCUGCUCACACACCAGCGCAUCCACAGUGGCGAGAAGCCGCACCAGUGCGCGCAGUGUGGCCGCUGCUUCCGCGAGCCUCGCUUCCUGCUCAACCACCAGCGCACGCAUGCGCGCAUGCCUGCCCCGCACCCGCGUCGCCCCGGUGUAUUCGGGGAGCGGCGCCCCUACUUCUGCCCGCGCUGCGGCAAGAGCUUCGCACGUGAGGGCUCCCUCAAGACCCACCAGCGCAGCCACGGCCACGGGCCCGAGGGCCAGGCGGCCCAUCUAGGCAGCGUGCUAUGACGCCUAUGCCGUCUGUCAUCAUAGGCCGCCUCUGGCUCUGGAGCUGCGUCAGAGGCCCUUGGAUAUGGCACUGGGCUGCAGCCACCACUCAUGAUGGGCACGCGGGAGAGGGUGGAGAACUGUCUUGGGGUGUCCGAAGGGCUUGGGCCACCCUCUUCCUCUUCUCUCCCAGGGCCCUUGGGUUGGCUGCGCACACAGUGGCAUUUGGCUCCUGUGCAGGUUUUGCUCUGCAGGCUCCUACUGCUUAGAGCAGGUGAGCCCCGCAGGUGGGGUUCAAGGGCAGGGUGCCUGGCGUUGCCUUGAUUCUCCAUAUCCGGUGGAGGUGGUGGGCAUCGUGGGCAUGCAGGUGAUGCAGGUCUCUGUAUGACCUGCUGCUUGCCGGAUCUUCGUUCCCAGAAUGUCAGAGUUGAAAGCAUCUCAGAGGGGACAGCUUGCCACAGUUCUCCAGGCCCAUCUGCAGCCUGCAAGGCCCCCUGCCUUGGGCGUCCACUGUCUGGUGCCCUUGGGAAAUCAUCCCACUUCAUAUCUGAGUUUGCACAUCUGUAAGUUGGGGACAGAGACCAGAGACUCCUACUGCUUGGGAUACUGAAAGGAUUUGCCCGAGAGGGGUGACACCUUUUGUCCAACAAGCUUUGGCUGAAGACUCACUGUGUGCCACCUGCUGUACUGUGUUGCACUCCGGGAAGAGCCGCAGAUGCAAAGUGGGCACAACCUGACCAGGACAUGCAGGGCACAUCUGGGCAGGGCACAUCUGGGCACAGCGACUAAGAAUCAAGCCCCACAGGGGCCUGGCUGGCACUGCACCCUGGCACGAGGACACAUCCCCUAAGAAGACCUACCUUGGAGGUGCCCUGCAGUGACCUGUAGAGGUUACUCGAUGGAGCCUGGAAGUAGAGGCUCAUUCUCCAUUCCGAGCCCUAAUGGGGAAAUUCCCCAGGCCUGGCAGGAGUCACAGCUGGGCAAGGGUCCUCCACAUGCCUGGCCACGGACCCCAACUCUUGUGUGGGGACAGCACCUGAGUGGAGAGCUGGCUUCUCUGCCCCUGCUUAGUCCGCCUCUGGCUCAUGUUCAGAGACAGGAAGGGACUGUCCGCAGCCAACACAGCAAGUUGGUGUUCGCGUUCCAUCUGUCUCUGAGGCAAACCCUCCCAUCACAAGUGGGCCAAACCUGCCGGCUUCAGCUCUUUUGCCUUGCUGAGCCAGAGAGGUCUUUAAUACCUCAGGGUCAUCCAGCCCUUUGAAAAUCACUGAAGGUUAUGGAUGUUGUCCCGAGGAGAACAAACAUUCAUGUGUGCUCAAAGACUUCAAGCAAUUUCAGGAGCCCUGGGACUCCAGACCCAGAACCUCAGCCAGGGGUCUUCCUCAGCUGUGCCCUGUCCUCAGAGCCCCACAGCCAAGGCCUCCCCACAGAUAGCAACCCCCCCCCCCACCGCCUCCUUCCCUUGUUGGGAAUAAAGAAUUCUGAGGUGGAAACCUUUUGUCACUCCCUUCUCCCAGCCCUACCAGCACACCAAGCUUCUAGAACUUGAGUUCCUGUCCCCUGACAUGGCCAGAGGUGCCCUGGGCUGGUUGGGCCCCAGUUCUGCCUAAUAGGCUGCCAGUUUGUGUGGCAGAGCUCUUUGCUCUGCCCAGGCUCUGAUUGCAUAGUGAGGACAUGGGGAAGCUGGGCUGCCCAAAAGGCAGGGUUCUGGCUGGGACCGCCCAGGGGAAGGGAUCUGCUCCCCCCAGCCACACCCCAGGACAGCAGCAGCAGUGCUUCCUGCUCCUAGUUGUGCAGCCCCAGGCGAGCACUGCUGGGAAGGCUGGGGAAGAAGAGGACCUGAGCCCUGUGUGCUGCGGCUUUGGGCAGUGUGAAGACCCUGUGCAGGAGCUGCGUCCCUUGAGGGGACAGGACACGGGGAAGGGAGCAGGUCCCAGGCCAGCUGCAGGGUGUGGAGGCAGCUUCACACUGGAGCAGGUCAGCACGGAGCCUCCCUGCUCCCCUGUCUCCCAAGAGGACCCCCCCAUCAGAAAAGGCUGGACCUGUGGAGAUGGGCAGGAAGCCUGGAGAUGCCUGCCCUGGGCUCUCGCUGCUUCUCUCCCCUGUGGAUCUGGUUCCUGGAUCUCACUGAGCACCUGCUGUAUGUCUCAUCCUGGGACUGCAGAUGCCCGGGAGGGCAGAAGAGCCAGAGGAGUCCACAGCCCGGAGCACCCGCUUGGCUCCCCUUCAUGGCCAGUCUCAAGCCCCAGCUUCGCUCCCCUGGUUGCUGACUGUCCAGCUUGCCUCUUCCUGCGACAGCUGUGCUGUGCCUUCCCUUGUGUUGCAGAAGCGUCCUCUUCCCUGCCUCCCCGUGAAGCCCUCCGUACCCACCGGGGCUGAGCUUCCCCGGCACCUGGCCGCCCUCCUGCCUUCUCUGAACAGUAGCUGUGCUGACACACUGUGUCACUCUCAAGUACAAUGUGCUGUCUCAUCUUCCAGUA